AGUUGUUUUACUGUUCGGCUGUAAUCGAUAUUUUAGAUAUAUAACUGGAGAUGAUGUAAAAUAACAAUGGAAGAAGAAUAUAAUGAAUUUUACGUCUGGAAUCUACAGACAAAUGUAUUUCUUGAGGAGCUUUUAUCAAGUAUUCGUCUACGGCCAAUACCAUGGAUAGGACAUCUGCGAGCAGGACUUGUAACAGAUGAAGAGGUAAAGAUGAUUAAAGCUCUUGAUUGGCACUCUAGAAAGCGUCGGUCAUUAGUUUUGAUGAAGGAAAGCAAAGAAUAUGCAGAGUUGUUUUUGACGUUGUUUCAACGAUUUCAGCGUAUAGAUCUCCUUCAGUAUCUUUUAACAUUGUGCAGUGAUCUUUUGGAUGAUGUUCCUAAGUUUUCUAAUGUUCUUCUUUUAUACAAAAAUAAGGAAAAUUUUCCUUUUUCUCCAUUGAUGAGACUAUUAAAACAUGAUGAUCAAAUUAUAUCCUUAUUAUCGGGGAAAAUAAUGUCAUCUCUUGUUAGUGCUGCUCCUAUAAUUCCUACUACUACCCUUUCGUGGUUUUUUGAAUGGAUUUCUUCUCUUUGUCAGUCGCCUGAUCACAAUAUUCAAGAUCUGGCGGUACAGGCGUUAACUGGGACUCUUAAGAAUUCUUUCAAUCGUUUGCGGUUUUGGAAAGAAUCUACAUAUAUGCAGAAUUUAAUAUGUAUUUUGAAAAAUAACCAAGAUAAUUUACAACUUCAGUACCAUACACUGCUUGUCAUCUGGCUUAUUACAUUCGAAUGGAAAAUUGCUAAGGAAAUUAAUAGACGGCAUAGUAUUAUUCUCAUCUUGGUUAAUUUGUUAAAAAAUGUAAUAAAGGAGAAAAUAACGCGUGUUAUUUACGCCAUAUUUAGGAAUUUAAUUAAUUUGGCACACUCUGAAAAUCUUUCAACAAUGUUAGCUGUUAAACUUCUUUCGCUAACUGAAACUAUCUCAGAUAAAAAAUGGCUCGAUAAAGAAGCUAUUGAAGAUAUAGAGUUUGUUAAAACUAGUUUAAAAGCUGAUCUUGAAGGACUAGCUACGUUUGAUGAAUAUGUUCUAGAAAUAGAAUCGGGGCAUUUAAGUUGGACUCCUUCUCAUUCUUCAGAGAAAUUUUGGAAAGAAAAUGCCUUUAAACUAAUGAACAAUGAUUGUUUAUUGCUUAAGAAACUUGUACGUCUUCUUCUUGCUUCAAAAGAUCCUUUGGUUUUGGCUGUUGCUAUUCAUGAUAUAGGAAAGUUUAUUCAACAAUAUCCGAAUGGAAAAUUAUAUGCUCAAAAGCUGGGUGCUAAACAAAAAAUUAUGGAACUAAUGACUCACUCUGAUUCCGAUGUAAAGUAUGAAGCUUUAACAACCGUUCGACAGUUUAUGUUGCAGCCUUGGAAUUAAAACUGCACAUUCUGUACAUUUUGG